UCUGAUUGGUCGGUGAUUAUUUUUCUGAGAUUUUGAGGACCACUAAAUUUUGUGUUAAUCUUGUUAAUUGCACUGUUUGCUGCCGCUCUUCUCUUGCGGUGUUUACGGUCGCUGCUGCUGAAGCCGGAAGUGUUUUCGUCCGCAGCUACAGUGAGAGCGCGAUGGUCUGGACGCGUCCGGAAGGGAAGAUGUCGAGCAGAAGCGCCGUGUUUGAGAGCAGACUGAAGUGCGUGCUGGAGGCCGCGGUGUCGGAGAUCCUGCAGCUGCAUGAGGACGCGCUGAUGCUGAUGCGGCUGCAGAUCCGCCAGAGAGACGCGCAGCUCGACGCGAUGAAGAGCAGAGUCACGGCGCUCGAGAGCGGCUUACAGAGCGUCACCGCUGCCAGCAGCACGGGGCGUCUCGUUCAGAAACCUGCUUCUCAUGUUCAUCACGAUAGGAAUCUAGACUCCAACCAGACAAACACCGAUCCAGAGCAUCAUUCCUGUGGAGAAACACACACACAGAUCAUCUGCACAGACAGACUCGACGCUCCUCACAGCGAGGAAGACUUUGGUGGACUGUUGGUGGAGUCUGAAAUCAUAGAUCCGCAGAUGCCUGCAGACGCAUGCGCAUUCACAUCUGCAGAAAGCGGCUCAUCCGUCGCAGCUAUACAAACCUUAAACAACCUCAACUUUGAGUCCGUAAACCAGAACUCAUGCACCGACAGAAGAACAGAACCAGAUUUCAUCCGAACGCUUCCAGAUGAGAAUCUGAACCACAGCUGCGCAGACAGACACGCGUUCGCCGCGAGAGAAGCAGCAGCGGCGGCGGCGCACUGGAGUGAAACGGUGCAUGAGAAGUGGUUCAUCUGUUCGUUCUGCGGGAAGAGUUUCGAUCGCUUCAGUCACCUGCAGAUGCACCAGCGCAUUCACACCGGAGAGAAACCCUACCGCUGCACAACCUGCGGAAAAAACUUCUCACAGCAGAGCAACCUGCGCACGCACCAGAAAACCCACCGCAAGACGCGCACGCACACAAACUUUGGUGGACUGUUGGUGGAGUCUGAAAUCAUAGAUCCGCAGAUGCCUGCAGACGCAUGCGCAUUCACAUCUGCAGAAAGCGGCUCAUCCGUCGCAGCUAUACAAACCUUAAACAACCUCAACUUUGAGUCCGUAAACCAGAACUCAUGCACCGACAGAAGAACAGAACCAGAUUUCAUCCGAACGCUUCCAGAUGAGAAUCUGAACCACAGCUGCGCAGACAGACACGCGUUCGCCGCGAGAGAAGCAGCAGCGGCGGCGGCGCACUGGAGUGAAACGGUGCAUGAGAAGUGGUUCAUCUGUUCGUUCUGCGGGAAGAGUUUCGAUCGCUUCAGUCACCUGCAGAUGCACCAGCGCAUUCACACCGGAGAGAAACCCUACCGCUGCACAACCUGCGGAAAAAACUUCUCACAGCAGAGCAACCUGCGCACGCACCAGAAAACCCACCGCAAGACGCGCACGCACACGUGAAAACCAGGGAUGCACCGAUAUAUCGGCAUCGCAGAUCGGCCGUGUUUUUAAAAACAGCCGAUUAUUUUCGGGGUCGAUUAUUUCCAGUCAGAACUCAGUCGAUCAAAAGGCGGCGGAAAAGUGUGUCAGACAGCAACUUGCGUGAUGAAAACGUGUCUUGUGUUGAAUUUAGGCCUGUCCAGAUUAAAGCAGCGCCAGAUUUUUCCCUUCACAAAACAUUAUUUGUAACAUGCCUCCAAUGCUCACAAAGAGAUUUGUGCUUUGUUACUUCUAAUAAGAAAGUCUCAGCUUUUAAAUCCUGUGCAUUUUAUCACAAAAUCCAAACGUUAAAUGUCGUUUUGACGCUCUUAAAUGUGGCGUGACAGAUCAGAGUGCGAGUCUCUUCUGCUUUAUUACAAGUUA